UCAAAUUCAAAACGCAGCGACCUUUCGGCCUCGCCAACCUCCACGUCCGUGCUUUCCUUCCCGUGCCUCUCUCUAUAUCUUUUCGUCGUUUCAUACCAUUUGUGCGUUCUUGGAUGUUCUUUUUCUGUUUCACUCUUUGAAUAGCUAUCAACUGCCUGUUUUUGUAAUAUCCAGUCCUUUCGAACUUCUUCCGCCUUUCUUCCACAGUCCUUAUCGGCCAAACAGAUAUUUUUACAGGUCUCUUCCUCGCUUCCACGAUAAUCGUAUUUUUUUUUUUUUUAUUGAUUUUCCUUUUCUUUCCCCUUUUCGUUUGGUUGAUUACAUGCGUGUUAUCGUCUCCUGGUUCCGUUUGUUUUCACCGGAAAAUCGUUUACGGUUAUAUAUAAAGAGAACGAGUAUGAUCUUCCCGCCACUACGUUUGUGGAUUAACUUUUCUAAGCGUUUCAUUGUGCAUUUUAUGUCGGUAUAUGUAUGCGUGUAUGUUAUCGUAGGGGAGAAGUUCUCCUGCAAGUAUUUCUGUGCAAACGGAGUCAUUACUGUAGGCGGAAUUUUGUUUAUGAAAUUGGCACUAUUUUGCUAUUGGUUCUCAUAUGUUUGAAUGCAUAAAAUCAUUUCAUGCUCCAAUUCACGGCUUUUUAGUCUUUUAUGGUUGUUUAAUAUUAUGUAUUUUGUUCCACCGUUGGUGGCCUGGAUUCUAACAAACAAUAUUUUAUAUAAAUCCAUAAUAAAUGCAUAGUUCUCUUGUUUUGUUUGAUUCUUUGGUUGGCUUGGUGUGUCAUGAAUUGUUAGUUUUUUUAAGUUAGGAAGCGAGCAUUGACAAGUUGGGGUCCGCAUAAAGGAUUGGUGCUGCGUCUAUGGCCCAGAAACGGUUCACCUACGGAAGCAGUCGUGAUAAUUUUAACGACUUGGGAUUAUAUUUGCCAGCCUUUUAAUUGAUACAUUUUUUUUUCCGCAUAAUAUUGUUAGUUUAAUUUGUAGCCGGUUUCCGUAAAUAAUUUAAUGUUUAUUGCUCUUUCGAGUUGCCAUUUUGGAGAGGAUAUCGUUGAUUUAAACUAGCAAAAGAUCUCAUUAAUCUAUUCUGAAGUAGUCUGUCGGGCUGCAAAGGUGCUUCUAUGCGUGUUAUUAUUCAUCAUUUUAUUUUCCUUGACAAUUUCCCCCCUUUCUCCCAGGGUACUAGGCUUGUGCUUCCUUAACCCUCUCUGUGUGUGUCCCUGCGCGGGCGUGCUGGCUGUAUUAGUAUGAUAAAAUUUGCCCUGGUGUACCUAUGAAGUUAGAAUAAUUCUACUUAGCAUCCCACAUACUACACUUCUUUUAUUUUUUUUUCUUUUUUCCAUAACAAGUAUAUGGUGUACGUAUGAUGAGUAGAACAACUCAAUUAAAAGAAGUGUAGUGUGUGGGAUGCUAAAGUGCGUGGUGUGGGAUGAUGAGUAGCAUGCAUUAGGUUUUUGACAAAAUGGGGAACUGCUUUACCUAUAUGAUUGCAUCUUGUCACCCUGAUAUAUUUUUCUUAGUCAUUAUCAUCGUUAUUGAAUAUAACAGCACAUCGAAGGCAUCGAUGAAAUUUGAUAACAAGCGGCGUGGCGUGCCCGGACAUGUUCCUGAAUAUGGUGCAAUUUUUAUGUCGAACAGUGUCACCAAAAGAGAAUGUUAUAGACGGAGACUAUUUGGCCUUCCAGCUUCUCAAGGCUCUUUUGUAAAACAUGUUAAAGCUGGAAUGAUUUUGUUUUUGUUUGAAUAUGAGAAGAGAAAACUUCAUGGUGUUUUCCAGGCAUGCUCUGAUGGUGCACGGAAUAUUGUGCCCCAUGCAUUCCGUUCAUCCGGGAAGCAAUUCCCAUGUCAGGUAAAAAUGACUCCAAUUUGGCAUUGUAGCCCACUAGUUGAGGCUGAAUUUUAUGAGGCAAUCAAGGAAAAUUACUUUUCAGCUAACGAGUUUAACUUUGGGCUGUCUGAAAAGCAGGUACAUAGGCUUCUAAGCUUGUUUAGUUUGAGAAAGAUAACUAAUGACCUACCUCAAAGGCAGCCGAACAAAGUAAAAGUCUCAACUGCGCGUACAAUGGGUAGAGGCACGAGAGCUGAUGAUAUUGAGGUUUUAAUGAGUGAUAAUGUAAAAGACAGGGAUGAUCCUGAUGAUUAUGAUAGGCCCCUUCUCUUGACUGACGACACUCUAAAAUCGUCUGGCUAUUUCAUUGAAAGAGAACGCGAUGAAGGAAGGUUUGCAAACAGUUUUGGAGUGGGAAAUAAAUAUAAUGUUUACAAUGAGCUUGGGCCAGUUACCAGGAAUGAGUAUCUCGGGGACUCUUUGGCUACAGUUGGAAGGGAUGGGGGCAGAUUUGCUGUGUGUGAGAGGUCAGGGAGUGAAUGUACCUUGGCUAGCGAAGAUGGACCCGUCAUGUCAAAUGGUCAUUCUGGGUUCCUUUUGGGUACAGUUACGCAAGCUCCGGAUAAUGGCAGGUUUGCAACGACUGAGAGGCUAAAAUGUGACCGUGAUAUGGAUGAUGGAUUUGUGCCAUCCUUCUCAGCUGUGUGCCCCAGUAUAUUGCAACCUAACCUAAAUAGAUCCAUCUACUCUCACAAGCCCAUUUCGGAAGCAGGUUCUGUGGUUCAAGAUCAACUGAGGCCUCAUUCCACAUUUUCAGGCUCAAUUGAGCCACAAAUCUCUUACCCUUUGCGUUCAACAUUGUACGGAGAUGCAAUUGGUAUGAGCACAGGCCCUUUUGACCCUGAUAUUGCCGGUAUUAACUCAAGGCAGUCAUCACCUUCUGAAAUUGAUCACAGCUCUAAUUCAUUGCAAGAACGUUCUUUUUUUGGAAAAUAUGCUCGGAAUCUCGUUCGUUCCCCCAGAAACCAAUCCUAUUUCCCAUUGGUAGGGCCUAAUGAUAUAAAGAAAUGUCCAAAUGAUAGUUCUGGCCUUGGAAACUGUGUUCCUUUCUCUAUCCACAACCAUCAGGAGAAUUUUUGCUAUGGGACAAGUAAGCCUUUUUCGGGGGCUUCUUAUUUUGAAAACUCAACCACAGAAAUUUCUGAGAAUAAAGGUUUCAAGGGCCUCUCUUUUUCAAAACGUCCUUCAGCUCCUGAGCCUUUAUUAGAAACUGGGAAUAGUGGGAACGAAAACAAGUUUCCAUCAUCUUAUUCUUCCAGUCCCGGUAUCUACCCUUGCUUAAACUUUGAUUAUGGCUUUCCUGUAGAGUCGCAAGGGAAGCUUGAGCAUGCUGUGCGAAAGGAAGAGAUGAGCAAAGUAUAUACUGGUAAUAGACAGUUGUCAAAUAAGUAUCAGGUCCAGUUGCACUGCAAUGAACCCAAAUCACUAAGUCAUGACCUCAGCUGUCGUCAGUAUUCUGAGAACAUGUUUUCUGGCUGUGAGAAGAGUGGGAAUGGUGUGUUUUCUCGUUUAGCUUUGGGCUCAGAUGUAUAUGGACAGGAAAAUGGUCAUUACGUAGACCAUGAGGAAUGCAACAAGGAUAAAUCUGCAGAUGAAGUUGUGGCAAUGUUAUCUCAAAGCCGCCGUUGCCAUAGGUCAAAGAUAAAAGGGUCUAGUAUACAUUCUGACUUUAACUUUGAUUAUGAAUUUCCUGUAGAGUCACAAGAAAACCUUGAGCAUGAAGGUAUGCAAUUGGAAGAGACAAAAGAAUUGCUUACUGGUAAUAUUCCCUUGCUAAAUAAGGGUCAGCUCCAGUUGCACGGUGGUGAUUAUUCUCUUGAACAUAAGGGCAGGUGUGACCAUGAACCCAAAUCACUAAAUCAUGAUCUCAACUGUCGUGAGGAGGGCAGGAACAGUGUGUUUUCUCGUUUAGCGUUGGCUUCAGAUGUAUUGGAACGGGAAAAUGGUGUUGAAGUUGGCCACGGGGAAUGUGACGGGGAUAAAUCAGCCGACGAAAUAAUGACAACAUUACGUCAGAGUCACUCCCAAUGGGCAAAGACUAAAAAGUCUAGUAUCCACCCUUCCUUUAACUUUGAUUAUGAAUUUCCUGUAGAGUCACAAGGGAACCAUAAGCAUGAAGGUAUGCGGCUGGAAGAGAAGAAAAAAUCCUAUUCUGGUAAUAUUCCUUUGUCAAAUAAGGGUCAAGUCCAAUUGCACUGUUAUGAUUAUUCUCUGGAACAUAGGGGCACGUGCCAAUCCAAAUCACUAAAUCAUGAUCUCAACCGUCAUCGGCAUUCUGGAAACAUGUUUUCUGGCCGUGAGAAGGGCAAGACUAGUGUGUUUUCUCGUCUGGCUUUGGCUUCAGAUGUAUUUGAACAGGAAAAUGGUGAUGCCGAUGGCCUUGAGGAGGAAAGAGACAGGGAUAAAUCAGCAGACAAAAUCAUGGCUAUGUCACAUCAGAGUCUCUGCCCAUGGGCAAAGACUGCAAAGUCUAAAUCAUUGUUCAAGCAACAUGAUGUUGAAAACUUUGGAAAUAAAAAAGAAACAACCUUUUACCCCAAGUUGGAAGGGGAUUGCUUGGAAAUGAACUUAAAGGAGAUUAAAAUGAAUAAGACUUCAAUUGUUGAAGAGAUUGUUGACAAAACUGGGGAAGGUACUUUUGUGGAUUUCAAUCAUCAGAGUGCUAGAGGGACACCAUAUGUGGAUUUCAAACGUCGGAGUGAAGUUUGGAAAAUUCAUGAUGAUACCAAGAGUAGAGUGUGUGAUGAAAUUGCUGGGAGUGAUUGCUUGUCUGGCGUGCAGCGCAAAAGAAGAAAGUUGAUUAGGCCAAACUUUAGUCAGAGUCUGGAUGUAUUAUCACAAGAAAGUUGUUUUAAUAGUGAAGAUAAAAAGGAAAGUUGCAAGGCUUUGGUUGGGAGCUAUGAUAAGGAAAACAAGUUGUCCUCAAGUGCUGAAUUGCUGCAUGUAACUUGUUCAAACAGUUGUGAGGAUAAGAACAUUAAUAUUGAUGUUGAAAGAGGUUCAAACCAUGGAGAUUCGAAAGCUGGAAGUCAUGAGACUUUUUCUAGACUUGACCGAAAAGAGUCUUCAAAAGAUGCUGGCAUCAACAAUAAUUGUCAAGACAAGAUUCCUAAUGCUGAUGAUGGCUUGGGAAUUAAGGAUCCCAUGGCGGAUCAGUUGUCCCUAGGUUGUCUGAUACCGGCCACUUCGUCGUCAGAGUCAUUUAUAGAGAGUGCAGAAGAAUAUGCUGGAGGAAUUGUUAAUGGUGAUGGUCAACAUGGAAAGAAGUUACCUCAAAGUGUGGAAAAUGCUAAUGACCUUUGUCCUGUCAGUGGUGAGAUUGCCAUUGGUGAUGCAAUGAACAGCUUAAGUAAUCAGAUUUGUACAAUGCGAAAGAUACGCGAAGAAUUUGUAGAAAUCAGUGUAGAUGAAGAUAAUAGAAACCAUCAGCAGUUAACUCCGGGAUCCAUUGUCAAACAGUCUUAGGUGUCUUCUGAAAAUUUAAGGUGCUUCAAUGUUGAAAAACAAUAGCAAAUUUUUUGUGAGAGGCAAAAGUUUUGAAACUGAACAUGAUCUGAUUUUGAGAAUGGCAAUGAAGCUCUCCCCAGCAGUUUUGGAAUGGAUGAAGAACGGUGUUGACUCACCAGAAUUCAAUAUUAUCUCUUCAAGAUAAGGAGUCUUUUGUGGAAUAUUCUGUCAUCCCGAUUGAAGCAUCUGGAUUUUACUUUGUUUUGUUUUUUGUAUUUUUUAAAACAGGGCUAAAGAUAAAAUGAAAUAGAUGUUGCUGGUUAGUAUAUAACUUGAACUAACAAAGUCAAUUCUGCAGCUGAAAUGUAUGUCCCUGCGCUGCUCACUUUAAUGGUUUUGUCACUUAGGUAGCCUUGGUGCUGGCAGGACCAUUUUUCUUUCCACUUUUUUGGAGAUUCUUUUGUUUGCUGGGGGUAACUUGCUACAGUUUCAAAUACAGAUAGAAUUACCAUUUUGCUGUUUAAUGGUGAAAGAAGUCACUGUCUUGGAUUGUGGCAAAUGGAAAGAGUUGAGUCCUACCAAUGGAUGAACUCUCAA